AUGUCAGGCUCAGCGGCCACCAACAUCUUCAACAGCAGCAUGUCGGCCGACCUGGCAGCGUCCUCUGACGUGAGUUCCGAGGCGGAGGAGAACUACCCGAUGGUGGACCCGACGGUAGACACGACUUUCACAAUCCUCCGCAUAUGUCUCUCCGUCUUCGGCGUCCUCGCCAACAUGGUCACGGGAGUUGUGCUCACCAACAAACGGCUGUGGUCUCCGACAUCGCUGCUGCUGCUGUCGCUGGUGGCGUAUGAUGCCAUCUUUCUGCUGGUGUCCAUUCCUAUGUCCGUGUGGGGUGUGUUGGUCGUCAGGGACCUACGGACCUUUGCCCUGGUCACUGGGAUUUUUUACCCUCUGAGGUACAUGGCGCAGACAGGCUCCAUCUACACCACAGUGACGGUGACAGUUGAGAGGUUCCUCAUUGUACUCAGACCCCUCAAGGCUCGGGUCUUCUGUACCUUCGGGAACGUCCGGAAAGUGACCCUGGCCAUUUUCCUCUUCUCCAUCCUCUUUAACAUCCCGAGGUGCUUCUUCUACCAGCUGGCCACGUCCAUACCUAUUAUGCAGAAUAAUUCUAUGAUGGCCAACCAGUCAGACAGCACGAUCUACCACUCAGAUCCAACUGCAAUGACUGUCUCCAACAAUACUCAGGAUAUGGGCGGAGUCAACGUUACACUUACGCUCCGCCCCUUGACAGAGGAGGAGGAGAACAGGGUGUACUACCUUUGGUUGUACCAAAAAGUGUACGAGCUGUACGUGACUUGUGUAUUUUUCUACCUUCUGCCUUACCUGCUCAUCCCGAUCCUGAACAUACAGCUACUGCUGGCCAUCAAGCGAAGGAGGGACGAAACGCGGCGAAUCAGUGUCAAGAACGAACAUCAGAUCAACAGCCCCAAACCUACGGACCUCGAGGAUGGCCUUACCUUAAUCGUCGUCGGCAUCACCGUCUGCUUCUUUAUCUGCUGUCUGAUUCCUGCCAUCUACAACGUCAUCCAGAUUGUAGAGAACUCCCCCGCCAACCUUCUAUCCUCCUACCUCCUCAUUGCAAACGACACGAUGCUAACGGCGUCGGUGAUCUCUGUGCCUAGUGAUGCACUCAUACAAAGCCUUCACAUGUUGCUGCACCCAAGUCAUGAACAUGUACGUCAGAUAUCUGGCACUGGCUUCAACUCUGGGGAAUAA